GGGCACUUAGUCUCGUCUCGCUCUCCCUGACAGGGCCGGGCCGGGGCUCCCGGAGCAGGGCAGCCGGCCCCAUGGGAGCCUAGCGGGCGAGUCGCCUGGAAGACUCCUCCGUCCCGCGGCCGGCGUUCGGCGUCGAGGGCGCGCGGCGCACGCACCCGCCUCGCCUCGCCUCAAGUGCCACAAUGGCAGAGCUUUUUAUGGAAUGUGAAGAGGAAGAGCUUGAGCCAUGGCAACAAAAAGCAAAACCAAUUGUUGUGGAUGACGACGACGACGACGACGAACCCAUCUUUGUUGGGGAGAUCUUGAGCUCCAAGCCAACCAAUACCUAUAUAUUGAACAGAGUCAGCCCCAGUUCGCCACGUAUUGGAAUGCAGAAUGGUGUACCAAAAAGAGGUGCUGUGGCUGUUUCUCCCGGGUUUCGUUCUGCAACGAGACCUGCAGCCAGCACUCUCGCCGUUCAGCCACAGCCAAGAGCCAGCAACGUCCCGGGAGCCUCACAAGCACUGCAGAGGCCUCUUUCUGCUUGUUCAUCACCACAGGAGACAGCCAAGUCAAGUGCUGGAGCACCUCUGCCAGUUAGUAGAUCUGCCACAUCAUCGAGGAACCUCAGCAUCCCAGCACUGACUCAGGCUGCAUCCAGGCCGGUGGCCACGGUGACUGCGCAACCAGCAGCACUAAAUCGGGUUCCACCAAAUAACACUUCAGGCGUAGCCUAUAGCUUAAGGCAAGAUGUGGGAGGGUCCCAAUGCCAAAGCGGAUCAGCAGUGAAUACAGCAGGUUUGUCCAAACGUCCUUCAACUUCUGAAGCUAGUAGUAUAACCCCGAAAAAGGCCAAGGCCAAUGAAACAAGAUCUGGAAGUGAAUCACCUGUCUCGCCUUCAGUUAAAUCUCCAAGUGAGACCUCAUCAGUUCAGAAAGGUAUUACAUCAAGCAAUGUUAAAAAUGGGGCCCCAUUUCCACAAGCGUGUCCAAAGUGUAAUAUUCAUUUCAAUCUUUUGGAGCCAUUAAAAAAUCACAUAAAGUAUUGCUGUCCAGAUAUGGUACAUAACUUUCUGGGAACAGCCAAAACGUGCUCUUUGGGUACAACAUCUAAAGCUGCUGAAGCAGAGAAAGGAAAACUGAUCAUGUUGGUUAAUGACUUCUAUUAUGGCAAGCACGAGGGUAAUGUCCAGCAGGUGCGUCAGGAGCAGAAGACACAUACGACCUUCAAAUGUGCUAGCUGCAUGAAGCUUCUUAAAAGUAACAUCAGGUUUAUGAACCACAUGAAGCAUCACCUGGAGCUGGAGAAGCAGAACAGUGAGAGUUGGGAAAGCCACACGACCUGCCAGCACUGCUACCGCCAGUUUCCAACACCUUUCCAGCUCCAGUGCCACAUUGAAAGUACCCAUACCCCUCAUGAGUCAUCAACUGUUUGUAAGAUAUGUGAACUUUCCUUUGAAUCUGAACAAGUGCUUUUGCAGCACAUGAAGGACAAUCACAAGCCUGGGGAAAUGCCAUAUGUUUGCCAGGUGUGCAAUUACAGAUCGUCGGCAUUUGCAGAUGUGGAGAAACACUUUAGAGCUAUACAUGAAAACACUAAAAGUUUGCUCUGUCCAUUUUGUCUUAAAGUUAUUAAACUUGGGGCACCAUAUAUGCACCACUUUAUGAGGCAUCAGAAAAAGGGAGUGCAUCGCUGUGCCAAGUGCCGACUCCAGUUCUUGACAUGCAAAGAAAAAAUGGAGCAUAAGUCUCAGCAUCACCGAACAUUCAAGAAGCCUGCUCAGUUGGAGGGGCUGCCCCCAGGAACCAAAGUUACUAUCAGAGCUUCUGUUGGAUCUCUUCACCCUGCAUCAGCAGCUGCCUCUUCGGUCAGCCCAAAUGCAUCCACAUUGCAGUUGUCUCCUAAUGCUAAAGUGACAAACACUAAGACUCCUAGCAAGCCGAACGCAAACAAAGCAAAAUCAAAAUUGAAGCCGCUGAGUUUGCAAAGAAAGCCGAGUCUGGGGACAGGGAGCAGCAGCAGCAGUACCAGCAGCACCAGCAGUAAAAAAAACAGUAAAAUUGCAAACACCGCAUUAAAUAAUCUAAGAUGUCCAGAUAUUCAGAAGUGCAUUGAGUGUUACUCAGAUAUAAGGACUUUUGCCAGCCACUUUCCUGCCUACGUCCGCUGCAGUUUAUGCAGAUACAGCACUAGCUGCAGUAAAGCCUAUGUGAACCAUAUGAUGAGUUUUCAUAGUGCUCGUCAAAGUAAAAGAUUUUGGAUUUAUAAGGCUCAUUCAGAUGAACUGAGGGGUUUUACGGUGGUUUGUCUUAACUGUGACUUCCUAACUGAUGUUUCUGGCUUGGAUAAGAUGGCUACCCACCUGAUUGAAAACCACACUCAUACUUGUCAAGUUAUCAUUGAAAAUGUUCCCGUGGACUAUCUAGCUGCUGGUGACCCUUCUAACUUAGCAAAUCGUGCAUCAUUGGACAACACGACUGAAGAAAAAGACCAGAACCCUUCCAGGCCCAGUAGUCCUUCGAAGCAAAAUGCUGAAUCUCCUUCCCUAAGCCCACAAGUAAAAGACUCUACAAAAGAAACAGGAAGGAACAAUGUUGGAAAUCAGAGUGAUGAUACAGCCUUAACUUCUGAGAGAGAAGAAAACAAAUUGCCCAUUUUACAGAACAGUUUUGGUCCGGAGCUCUGGGCAUGCGUAGAUAACCCUGUAGAAUCCACAGAAACUGAAAAGGCAGAGGAGCAUGGAAACCAGCACGAGGAAGGCCCUUUAGUUAUUGCAGGUGAAGAAAAGAAGCCUAUUUGUGAUCUAGAACUUCGAGCCUCCUCAGAAAGCUCUGCUGAAGAAGGAAAUGUAGACAGCCUUGGAAAUCAAACUGAUCAAGAUUUUUUAUCUGCUGAGUGUGAAGGAAAUGCAUGUGUAUCCACUGUUGAAGAUUCAUCAAUUUCAGAAGGCCAUACUUUUUUAGAAGACUCUGCAGGAGAAAACAAAGAUGACCUUGAGAAUCAAGAUAAGGAAGGCCCUUUAACUGCUGUGUGUGAAGGGAGCAUGCCAGGAGUAGACAAGCCAGCCUGUGUAGAACUCUCAGCCUGUUCAAAUGACCCUACAAAAUGGGGAGAUACAGACUGCCAUACAGGUCAGGGUGAUGCAUGCCCCACAGCUGCCGAGUGUGAAGGCAACAUACUGUUUUCUGGGCCAGAAGAUCCCGCUGUAGAGGGCUCGGCUUGCUCAAAUGACUCCACAGAACCUGCAGAAGAAGCAGAGGGGGUCAAGCGUGAAAAUGAGGAGAAUAAGGCUGCUUCAUCUGCCAAGCAUGAAGCAAGUGUUUCUGUGCCAGCUGGAGGAGAGCCCUCCAUUUCAGAACUUGGUGACCAUUCAAAAGAUUCUCCAGAAGAAAUGAGGAACAAUCAUGGAAAUCAGUCUGAUGAGGGUGAAGGAAAUACCUCUGCAACAACUGUGAAAAACUCCAAGCCAGAGCUCCAAGGUGGUACAGUGGUGGCCUCAUGUGGAAGGACAGAAUCUGAUGAUCAGGUAGAGGAAAAAUCCUCAAAGUCUGUUCGUAAAGAAACCAACUCUUUGCCAAGCUCAGAAGAUGCUGUCUCUGAUACCCAGACAAAAGAGGCUGAUUUGGAUGAGGCUCAACUUUCAGAUGUUGAUCCUGAUGACUCACAAUCCGCAUCCAAUGAAGGAGUGAGCUUUGAACAGUUUUUGAGAGGAAGAGGUGAACCUGAUGCUGCCAGUUCUGAUGCAAGUGAGCAAAGCAGCAUUCAUCUGGAGCCUCUGACACCAUCGGAGGUCCUCGAGCACGAAGCAACAGAGAUUCUUCAGAAAGGGGGACCGGCGUCACCACCCAGUCAGGAUGGAUCAGCUUCUGAGCAAGUGACUGCCAUUUCUAGAGAGGGCAGCCCCACUCAGGAGGAGGAGGAGGAGGAGGAGGAGGAGGAGGAGGAGGAGGCAAGCCUGGCAGAAGAGAACGAUGAAGCAAGCUGAGAUGGGAGAGUCGGAGAAAGGCAACACGCUGAACAGGUGACUGUUGUACCCUCAUGGAUGUGGGUUGUGAGGAAGGGACAGAGCUGUGCAUUUUAUAAUACUGUUGAAGCCUGUUAAUUACAAAUCCAGCGGGUGGUGACGAAGAAAAACCAGCAGUUGCCUGCCAUAGUAGAACUUGCGAGGCCAAGAGGAAAGAAAAUGUUUGUUUGACCACAGCGUUUGUCGUGCUUGGGUGGUCGUGCUCUGCAAAGAGCAUUUGAGCCGCUCAGUCUAGACAAACGUGAACGGUGGGCUGCACAUUGCACCCCUGUCCCAUCAGACGGUGGGGAGGACUGUCUGACAUCAACACUACUGGAUUGGUCUGAUCUUACUAGAUAAUAAGCUCACCUUAAACUUUCAGUGAAAGUGGAAUAUUAUAAGCAAGCAAAUAUAUUUGUGGGUUUCCCAAUAUGCAAGCUUUGCAGAAAUCUGUCACGCUAUUUCUUUGAAAGACGGAGCAUCGUGGCCUGUGUCUUUGAGGUUAUUACUGUUUUUUAUUAUUUUUAUUGAUGGCAGGCCAUGGAAGUCCAAAGUGGACUGGAGGAAAUGCUGAACUGGACUAGAAAGGUGUAAACAGUUAACCAAAACAAACAAAAAAGACUAAGAAACAUUUAAAUCAGGUAUUGAAAUGUUUUUAGUCUAAAUUUAUGUGAAACUGAAGCUAAAUGAUGGGGAGGGGGGUUGGCAUGAAAAUCGUUUUGAUACAUAGUUAGCUGAAGGAAUGCAUAACAUGAUUUAACUGUAGCUUGCUUUUUAGUAUUAACAAGCUUAAUUAAAACGCUCUAUCUGAAUCUUUUAGAAAGUGAUUUUGGACUUGUCAAGGUUUGUUUUUAAAUGAACUUAAAUGUUUUGAACUUCCGUUAAGAUACUGAUGUACAUAUUUUGGAGUAAAUAUUUGCAAGAAAAUUAUUGUUUUGCUGUUGAUAUGUGUAUUUAUGGAAAACUUAACUGGUUUAUGUUUGGCUCAAAUCUCCAAAAGAAUUUUUAUUAACUCUA